AUGUCGCUCUACUACGACGCUGUCUCGGUCUUGACGGCCCCCGCCUCGACUGGUGGCUCGUUCAAGUCCCGCAUCUACAAUUCUCGGUCGCUCAAGGCCUCGCCGGCGCAGCUGUACGCUUUGAUCAUCGAGGCGUCGAAAUGGGACAUUCUGCUGAAGGAGGUCAUCGAGGCCGCGGGCAUCAUCAAGCUCGAACCAAAGCUUACUCCGCAUCUCGCACUCCUCCUUGUCCAUGAUCAUCUGCUCGCAAAGAACGGCAUCGCAGCCCCGGCCGCCCACCCCCUCCGUCAGGCCAUCGAGCGCCACAAGACGCGACUACGGGGCGAAUUCACCAAGGCGCGAGUCCGUCGCGGAUGCGCCUCCGUCGCCGACCUGAAACACGCCAUCCGUCGUGAAAAGGACGCCGCCAACGGCGCCGUCUCCGCGAUUUACCCGCGCUGGGUCCGGAUCAAUAAUGUGCGCACUGACCUCGACGCCCAGCUGCAGUCUACUUUCGCCUCGUACAGCAAAGUCGACACGCUGCCGGAGCUGGUCGUUAGCAAAGAUGAGGCCCCGCGUCUGCGCAUCGACCCGCACAUCCCGGACCUCGUGGCCGUCGCCCCGGGCGCCGAGUUCUCGACUUCCGCUGCGUAUCGCAACGGCGAGAUCAUCCUGCAGGACAAGGCGUCCUGCUUCCCCGCGUACCUUCUUCUCGGCGAUCAGGAAGGAAAGGAAACCUGGACCGGCGAUCUAAUCGACGGCUGCGCAGCCCCAGGAAACAAAACCACCCAUCUAGCCUCGCUGCUAUCCAAGACCGCCAAGUCCCAAAACGAUGGCAGGGCCCUCCCGCGCUCGCACAUCUUCUCCAUGGACGCAUCGAAGGUGCGCGCAAAGACGCUCCAGAAAAUGGUCGCUGCCGCCGGCGCCGAUCCCUUCGUUUCCGUCCUCCAGGGCCAGGACUUCCUCGCCCUCGACCCGAUGGACCCUCGCUUCGAGAACGUCUCCAGCCUGCUCCUGGACCCGUCCUGCUCUGGUAGCGGCAUCAUUGGCCGCGAUGACGUUCCUACCCUGGUUCUUCCUGAUGCCAGCACGACCAACGGACCCGCCCAGGGCAAGAAACGGAAACGUCGAAACGACGACACCGAAUCUCACCCCGCUCCUCCUCCCCCUGGGAAAAAACAUUCGAAAGGCCAACAACAACAAGAACCCAACCCGAACACCGUCUCGGCAACGGACGAAAACGAACUCUCAAACACCCACAUGUCCAUCGACCGUCUCAUCAAACUCUCGAACCUCCAGACCCGCAUCGUCGAACACGCCCUCGCCUUCCCCUCCGCAACUAGAAUCACAUAUAGUACGUGUUCGAUUCACCUAUUGGAAAACGAAGCCGUCGUGUCGCGCGUCCUGGCCUCGGAAGUCGCGAAACGUCGUGGAUGGAGGGUUCUUCGACGGGACGAGCAGCCUGAGGGGUUGAGACGGUGGAAACAUCGUGGUGUGAGGGAGGAGAAGACUGAUUUGGUUCGUCGGUCUGUUAAUGGUGAUGAUGGUGAUGAUGGAGAGGAGGAGGCGGUGGCUGCUCAGGAGAAAGUGGAUUUGACGGACGAAGAUCUGGAAGGUUGUUUGAGGUGUUGGCCUGGUGAUGAUGAAGGGUUGGGUGGGUUUUUUGUGGCUGGAUUUGUGAGAGAUGGGGAUGUUGAUGUUGAUGCUGUUGGAGGGGAUAAUCAGGAGGAGCAGGAUGAAGAUGCAGAAGAGGAAGAUGAUGAGUGGGAGGGAUUCUCUGAUUGA